AUGGUCCGAGUAAGAAAUGCAUCGCAGCCGCUCCGCUGCUGGCUCGGCCUUCUUCUUACGUUCUCCAUCUUACUUGUGUCAGCAGAGGUGGUGCGCUUGGAGAAGGGGACCUUCUUCAUGGACGACGAUGUCGAGUGGCCAUGGCUGCCGCAGCUCGACCUGCCACUGCGACCUGACUUCAUGUCCGGGCAGCGCAUCCUGAGCACGCCAGAGCAAUGGAUGGUGCUCGCUCACGUGGGAGCUCCGUUCCGCGUCUUCACGGACACCAAAAUGGAUCUUAUGCGCAUCUUGGAGAUUGUUAAGUUCAUGCGUCCCGCCGACGCUGGCGUCUGCCCGCGCUACAGGACAACGCGCCGCAUCCUGCACUACUGGUUUCACCCAGGACAAUUGAGCCUGCUCUUUGGUGAGGAGCGCUGGUCCGCCCUGCAGCGGUUACAGCGGCCAGCCGCUUGGUCCCUGGUACUCAAGGACGAUGCAGGCCCUGCUGUCCGGGCAGCAGAGCGUUUCAUUGCAGAGCUGCAGGCGCUGGACCCACCGGGGCAGAUCACUCUCAUUUCCCGCCGCCAGGAUUCGGGCUUGAUGACGACGCGUGUCUCACUUGCCGACGUCAAGGCGGUGAGCCGUCGCACUCGCAUGACCAGCACUAUCGAGUAUCGACUAACGCACCUAACGGUGGAUGCCGAGGCGCCGCUGCACCGCGUGCAAACGCAGCGUCUGCUGCGUGCAAAACUCCGGUAUCACGAGCAUAUCAAUGCCUUUGACACGGCCGUCGCGGAGGCUCAGCGCGACCUCCACACGAGUCUGCAAGAACUACUCGAAAGCGAGCAGGCAGCGUACGCAGAUCACAUGCGCUUCAAGCGGUGCUACCAGCGCUUUCUUGUAGAGCGCCGAUCGCGCCUCCGAGCAGAGAAAGAGGUCGAGGAUGCUCCCGGCAAGACCGAUGGGGGGUCGUCUAUGGGUCGCAACGCCGGAUGGCGCCGGAUCGCAGCAGUGCACAUUCGUCCCGCCGCGGGUACCUCCUUUGCAUCACCGCAUGAUGGGGGUCGGGGCGUGUCGUGCCGGAAGGUGCUUGCUGCCUGGAGCACGCUCCGCGCAACCGGCGUCCGUCACGAAGCGGAGAGACGUGUGGCGCAGCUGCGUCGUCUCCAUUCUCGGCAUCGGUGCAAGGAGCCUCUGCCGGAGCUGCCGGUUCCCUCCUCUACUGCCCGCGGAGUGGCGGGUCUGAGUCAUGCGGCGGCGCGCGUAUGGCGUGACGGUGUUGCAGAAAUGAAGGCGCAGCGGCGCAAGUCAGGCCUGUCACCGACGUUGGCACAGGUGUUGGCCAUCCUCUACGGUGUCUGGGAGGAAGAGAAGGCGGCUACACGAGAGCCUGGUCACGCCCAAGAAGCGACAUCUGCAGCGGGCGCGGUGGCAACCCCUGUAGUAGUAGAUGAGGACUUUAAUGCGUCCGCCUUCGCCGAAUUUGUGAAUCAUCUGGUGCAAAGCGGCGACGCGCUGAGCGCGGCGCCACACAGCCGCCUGCCACGAUGGAUACGCGCGGAGCUCCACUACACGUUGGCCCUUUUAGAGCUCAUAAAGCCGAAAACCCUGCUACCAGAGAAGCAUCCUGCCACGGCUUCCUCGAGUGUGCGCGCUGUGGUGCACUUGCACGAGUCGCUGAGUGCCGGGUCCCACCACGCUGCCGGCGCCUUGGCGACGCUCCGGGAACACGGUAUAUUUGCCCGGCAGCACAGCAAGGCAGCCAUGAUGCUGCUGCUACAAUCUAUGGAACAGGCAUCGACGCACCUCUGGCGCGAGCUGCUGCUGCGCGGCUCUCCCAGGCGUUCUCACGAAGCAGUGGGGGGAGCAUCAUCGGGGGCUGACCCGUCGCGACUCCUUCGCUUCGAGCAGUUCUACGCUGUGGACCACACCUUCAGCGAGGUGGAUGACCCUUUGAUGACCCGCCAGACCAUUUCCACACUCGUGGCUGUGACAAACGAGAACAUCCAUGCCGGUGACGAGGAGCCGGAGCUGGAGGACGUCUACCGCGAAGCGGAGGUUGGACUCGGUGACGACGAAUACAAGGGGCGCUUGACGGUGCGGCUAAAUCGGCGGCUUCUGAAGGCGAGCUUGCUGUUCUCCGGAUUCAAGGGGGUGCAGCGAGACGCGCGGGAGGCACAGUGCGAGCUCCUCGUCAUCCUGCGUCGUCUUGGCUACGUCUGCGAUCUUGAUCUUCGUCGAUUCUUUACUACUGGUGCGCCAUCACAUGUUGUGCCCGAUUCGCCGCCUGCUUCCUCGGCGGCGCCGAUGACAAUCAUCGGCGUUCCUCUGCCAGAUUGCUGUGCUGAGCAUGAGACUGAGCUCCUUGAUGUCAUGAGCAACGACCGACAUACCCUUUUGAGUUGCCCGAGUGGAGCUCCUUUUCCAUCACGGCGAUCUCGGCGUCAGCUCGGCGUGCCCAACUCGGAAGCUCUGUUUGAGUUGCUUCUUCAGACGCUGCUGACCCUCAGCUACGUGCAGCUCACCCACAGACAUCGGUACGAUCUGAGCCACCUGUACGCCUCUCUCGCCCUCGAGAUGUCUCUGCGCGUUCCACGUGCGACAGUGAAACGUUGUGCUCAAGCAGCAAACAUGAGCGCCUUCUUUGAGGCGCACCAGCACCUAGGCGGCAGCAACGGAUCGUGGGCACGCUCGUUUGUCGAGGCGGUGAACCACGUCGCGGACGGCAACAGCGAAGUCGCGUGGGCUGCCGAGGUACUACUGGAUCAGCUGCAGAGCAUCAAAAAUGCGGCGUCGAAGGCUCGCGGCGACGAUGCCGCGUUGGGGGACAGAGCUCAGCGGGUGCUUCGUCGCUUUGCCAGCGUGGCCGACUCUCCGUUCGUCUCGACCGAAUCCCUGCUCCUCAUAGGGACGAGCCGGUGGGCGGCGGGGGGUCCAUUGUCCGGUACGACGGCAGAGGCGGCUGCGUUUGAGAAGGACCUGUCCGAAUGGACAAUGGAACCAUUCGAUCUGUUUCACCGACUUCUGCCGAAGCGUCCGAGGAGCUCCAGUGCGGCGGCGGCGCAACAGACACUGCAGCCGUCUCGCAGCUGUGCAGCGCCGGAGUCUUCAAUGGGCGUGAGUCUCAGCACGACUGUCAUGGACGCCCACGCCCUCUUUCUGGUAUGCUUGGCGGCGAUGAAGCGAUGGAAGAGCGACUUUCCACUUGUGCACACGCUGGACUCAACGGCCUACUCGGCUCGACGCACUGAUCCGUUUGUGCUAAGCUCCUUUCUCCUGCGAACGCGCGACACCGCAACCGGCGCACCCCUCAUUUCCAUCGAGAAGCUGCGCGACGUUGCGUAUGCCGCCUCCCCGCACUUUCUGGGGGAAUGUCCGCACUUUCUGCCGCUCGUUGACGACACGGUCGACUCGUAUGCGGCGCGGCUGCUGCGCUUUGCUGGCCGGCAUAUUCACGCCCUGGAGCCGUCCAUCGAACUGCUCCGCAGCGGUGGCUACGGUGUUCGUCGCACCGACGCCGGCGGGGCCGCCUCGAUUGGGAUGAGGAUGAGUGGCCACUGGGGCAGCGCUCUUGAUGAUGGCCCACCGCGAAAGUCGCGCUUGCAAAUCUUGCGUAAAGUGAAGCAGCACACGAUGGAGAACGCAGACCUGCAGCCGCUGCUGUACGCCGCGGACGUGCACGACUACGUGAACAAGUCACGCUGGACAAGGGUUGCAACGGUGCUGAACGCCGUGUACAACACAGUGCUAUCCCCGUUCACGACGACUGCGUCAGAAGCGCUGGUUGCGGACAUGGAGACGCAAAUGCAGCUCGUGACGCCAGAGGAGCGCGGUGCCGAGCCCAGCCGCCGACGUCACGCGAGCCCCGAAGAGUCGCGAUCGCAGGAGACGGCAAAAGGGCCAGCAAGGUUGGCAGAGACGGGGGUCUCCGCAUUUGUGGACGGCUUCGCGAAGGAUGUCGCGCUGCGCGAGUUCUUUAUUGCCGGUCAGUUGCUCACCGUCGCGUUGGAGUCUGGCAUGCCGGAGGGAUUCUCGCUUAUUCUCCUUGAAGUCUCGGACCGCGGCAACCGACAUCUGCGCCCCUUCGCCGAGCACUUGGCGGAGUCUGUGUUUGGCCGCAUGGCGCCGAGCGUGUGGACGGAGCACCAUCUCACCGCGCAGUGGCAGCGAGAGGAGGAAGAGCUCGUGGGCGGGGGCCCACUCUUUGCCCUGGACACGCGCACACCCUUUCGCUACGCGUCUGCGGAAGCUCGUCAGGAGCUGUUCGCGCGUGUGAAUCGAUGGAAUGCAGCGAAGGCGCAGCAGGGCGGCAGUGGCGAAGUCCGUUUGUUGAGAGAGCGCCAGGGGACUCGAGUGUCGCAGGCGCUCGAUCAGUUGCUGUGGUGCGCCGGCUUCCUAACGCGGCGUGUCUACAAAGACACCCAUCGCGUGUACCCGUAUGCGUACGAGGGGUCCGUUUUCCCAGCGUCUGAUCUGGAUUGCGUCGCGGACAUGAACCGUCUGUUAAAGACUCAGAGGCCCGCCGCAGUUUCGGCGGCAUCGGUGGGGACAGGGGAGGAAUCGACAUGGACUUGGGCCGAGUGGCGACACGCGCAGCAAAACGGCACGGCUCUCCUCCGGGACUUGAGCGAGCGACUGGGGUACGUCUACGACACUGUCAAGGGGGCUCCCACGCGCCGUUUUCCGCUUUCUACUGCAGACUUCAGCCGAAACGCGACGGUGGAGGAGCACGCUCUGCUCUUGGCGGAGCGGAACCGGGACUACACCUCUCGCUUUGAGCGGGUGUCGACGCAGUUUGUGGAGCCGUGGAACCGCUUGUCGAAGGAUUACAGCGACCAAGUCGUGGCGUACGGGGAAGGCUUCUACUACAACCAGCGCUUGCACCGCAUCAGCGGGUACCGCUGGGGUGCUAUCCUGCAGAUGUGGUGGCUGCGCGUGCGCAAUAUGUGGCCAUGGUAG